AUGAAAAUCACAAGCAUCACGAUUGUUUUGCCUCUCUCUGUGAUAUUCUUAUUAGACGAAAGCCAGACUUCUGAAACAGAAGUCAGAUGCAAUUUCACGGAAAAGAAUUAUUCCUCGAUUCCAGCAGAUAUCAACAAAGAUGUUACUAUACUUGACCUCAGUUAUAACCAAAUUGCCUUGAAUGUUACAGACACAAAGGUUCUACAGAUGUACUUCUUACUUACUGAGCUCUAUCUGACUGACAACAAUGUCUCUGUCUUACAUAGUAACAGUUUUGCCAAUCUCUCCAGUCUAGAAAUUUUAAAUACAUGUAAAAACUCCAUCUUUGCAAUUGAGCAAGAUGCUUUUGCAGGUUUACAUAAACUGAAACAGUUGCACCUCUGUGAAAAUAAAAUCUUUCAACUGGAUUCUGAAGUGUUUGUGCCUCUGAAGAACCUGAUCAUUCUUAACCUGCAAGACAAUCUGAUAAGCACUUUUGAUGUUCCACAACUGUCUCACCUGGAAUUAAUAACUUUACAUGGAAAUCCAUGGAACUGUUCUUGUGGCCUACUCAAUUUGCAGAACUGGCUAAAUACAUCAAAUGUGACAAUAGGCAAUGAGAGUGUCACCAAGUGCAGCCACCCAGACAUCCUGAAGAGCUACAGUAUCAAAACAGCUCCUCUUAAGGCUCAAUGUCACUCAACAUUUUUCACAUCUAGGACAGAGCAUGUUUAUGUCUAUUUAAAAUCUAUUAGCAAUUCAACAUUUAAUUCUUCGGGCAACUUAACAGGAAAUUCAGAACAUGAACAUUCUGGAAAAAGCUGGGCUUUCCUUGUGGGUGUGGCUGUCACUGUACUGACAACUUCACUCCUCAUUCUGAUGGCUAUCAAAUGCCCGGUCUGGUAUAAUCUUCUGCUCAGUUAUCAUCACCACCGACUGGAGGAGCAUGAAGCAGAGACCUAUGACAACAGGAUCACUGGAGAUCCAAGCUCUCUUCCUCAGAUACCAGACACCAACUCUGAAGAAACCACAGUAAUCUUUGAACAACUGCACUCCUUUGUGGUCGAUGAUGAUGGGUUCAUUGAGGACAAAUAUAUAGACACUCAUGAAUUACAUGAAGAAAAUUAA